UUAAGGUAAAAUAGUUUAUUAAAUUAGCUCGAAAAUACUCCAUGUUGAUGGACCAAACGUGAUUUUACUAGUCAUACUAUUUUUAAUGCGAGUAAAUGUUUGUUUAGCGAUGCCACCGCACGCUUGUGUGAAUGAGCGCGGGGAGAGAGAGGGCGAGCACUGGAGGGAGAGUCGGAGCUUUGAUGGGUUACAGAUGCGCCUUUAAACUCGGUCCUUCACGUCACAGUCAGUUCUUAAAAACUACGGAAUGUUUGCCCUCCUCGUGAGUCGCUUCUCGGCGCUUUUUUGCACCUAGAAUAAUCCGCAUGCCGUCUGGCUCCGGCGCGAUCAUCCUGUCGAGGUGAACGCUUUACGGGAGGAGGAAGAGGCAGAAGGGCAGCGUCUUCUCCUUUCAUUCCAGUCCAAACGCCCGAGCUGCUCGACAACAACCGGCGGCACCGAGGGGGCCUUGGAGGCGGCGAGCCGGAGGAAUGAUGACUGGCAAAACUGUGAAAGACGUGGACAGGUAUCAGGCUGUCCUCUACUCUUUACUGGCGCUGGAGGAGAACAAAUACUGCGCCGACUGCGAAUCAAAAGGGCCGCGAUGGGCAUCAUGGAAUUUGGGGAUCUUCAUCUGUAUAAGGUGCGCUGGAAUCCACAGAAACCUUGGGGUGCACAUCUCCAAGGUCAAGUCUGUUAAUCUGGACCAGUGGACGCAAGAGCAAGUCCAGUGUGUGCAGGAGAUGGGUAAUGCCAAAGCCAGGCGACUUUACGAAGCGUUUCUCCCCGAGUGCUUCCAGAGACCGGAGACAGACCAGUCGGCUGAAAUCUUUAUCCGGGACAAGUACGAAAAGAAGAAGUACAUAGACAAGGUCAUCGACAUCCAGAUGCUCAGGAAAGAAAAGAGCUGCGACAACAUCCCUAAGGAGCCGGUGGUUUUUGAGAAGAUGAAGCUGAAAAAAGAGGUCAGCCCAAAGACUGACUCCCAAACUGUCACUGACCUGCUGGGACUAGACGGGCCGGCUCCCAGUAAUGGAGUGUCAAAUGGAGGAUGUGUUCCAGACAGUAAUGAGAGUCCACCGGUGACUAAUCCACCUCCUGCACACUUGGAUAUUUUCGGUGCUCUGCCUUCAUCUGCAUCGUCCUGCAAACCCACGGCGGCGGCCGGCUCCAUGCCUCAGAGCAGAGUGACCGCCUCGGUGCCUGAAAACCUCAGUCUAUUCCUCGAUCGAGCGAAGACGGAGGAAGUUCCUGUGAAGAAGCUGUCCAAGGAUUCUAUUCUCUCGCUGUACGCCUCCACGCCAUCGGUGCACGCCAGCAGCAUGGCCACGCACGGAUUAUACAUGAACCAGGUGGGAUACCCGACUCACCCGUACGGCCAGUACCACUCACUAGCACAGGCGGGAGGAAUGGGCGGCGCCAUGAUGACGUCACAGGUGAUGGGCCAGCAGCAGAGCGGCAUGAUGGGAGUCCAACAGAUGAGCAUGAUGGGACCGCAGCACGCCAUGAUGGGCGCACAGGGCGCCAUGGUGGCCCCCGGCGGCAUGGGAGCCGCACCGUACAUGGCCGGGAUGCCCCAGGGCAUGAUGGGACAGCAGCAGAGUGCAAUGAUGCAGCAGCAGCAGCCGGGUCACAUGGUGGUGCAACAGCAGAGCGCUGUUAUGGGCCAUCAGCAGGUGUACGGGGUCAACCAAACUCAGCAGCUACAGUGGAACAUGAGCCAGCACAUGGCAGGACUGAACCUCUACAACACCAACAGCAUGGUGGCGUACAGCGGGCAACAGACGGGCGGCGCGGCGGCGCCGAGCUCAGCACACAUGACGGCACACGUUUGGAAGUGAGCGUGCGGAAGGUCCAAUCACUUCAAAACAAACUGUGAGGGGCAGCGCCUCGAGGAAUCGGCGGAUGCUUUGAUGGAAAACGCAACUACCUCCCUUCGCCCUUUCUCCCCCUGCCCCCCACCCUUUCUCACUCCGCUCCACACACGGCCACGACGUUUGCCUUUUGGAACGCGCUUGAUCGAGCGUCACAGACUUCUGAGAUGGUUUCACUUGUCCCUUCAUCUCUGCUGUCGAACAACGUCUGGGAGGAUGUUGAAUCACUUUACAUUAUGACCCACAACAACCGGUGACUAACUGAUGAGUCAGCAACAUGUGUUCUUCUCAAUAGCUGCUAACAAGGAUGAAUGGAAUCAGAAAGUCAUGUGAUCUGUUCGGUCACGCAACAGGUCAGUAUUUUGCUCCUUAGAAACAGAACCGUUUUUAACAUCCCUCAAUUUCUUAUUCAGGAUGAGAAUUUAGGCAGUAGAAGGGCCAGAAUAAUUCCCCAUUUACCAGUCGAUGAGGAACGAGUCAAGGUACGAGACAGGUGACAAGUCAGCCUGGGGAAGUGAAGAAGUCACUCUUCAGGGGCUGUUUUUUCUGAAAACUUUCUGCUUUACAAGCACUAAACUGACAUUUUAUCACCUGGAUUUGGACUCAAAUGGCCGGGGUGCACACACUUCCCUGUCCUGCGAGCUACUUUGGAGAUGCCCUCCUGAUUUACCCAGACAAAAACGUCAAGGUUCAGAAGCUACAGAGCUACAACACCAGGAUCGUCGUCCACACCUUCUGUUUUUUUUAACCCUAUAAUAUUUGUUCCUGAUUUAGGCCUACAGUUUAGAUAGAACGCAAUAUGCAUGCAGUCGCCUUGACUUUUUUAAAAAGUGAAAUACGGAGUUGACGUAAACGCCCUCGAGCUUCAAACCACAAGUUAGUCCCACACUGAUUUGUCAAACCAAAGACCACGAUUGUACAGUUUUCCACGCCGCUGCGUCUUUUCUGCGAUCGUCGCCGUCCUGACUGAUGGCUGCACUGUGUAAGAGGAAGGGUGCGCUAUACUCAUCUGCAUGCUGUCACUGCUGAUGCGCUCACACCUCUGACCCUCGUGGCCUCCGAUAAACGACGAAUGUCUGUACAUACCAGAGGAACAAACACACAGGACGUGGUGUCGCCGAUGCUUCCACCAAACUGCAUGAAGAGACUGUUGGUGUUUGAAUGGGAAUGUGUCUCGCUCUCGAAUGUGUCGUCCAGCAGCAGUCGUGUCUGUUGAAUGUGUUAUCCGUGUCUAACUGUGAGCAGGUGUAGGACCAGACGCCGAGUCAACAUCCUGUCCUCAGUAUCUGUUCCGAUCAAGCAUGAAGCCAUUUUUUGAUUACUGACCUGGAGACUCGUUGUGUUCACCUUAAGGUUCUGUUUGACUUUAAAAACAUCAGAGAGCAAUAUUAAUGAAAUGUUUUGUGACUUGAAUGAAGUUUUUUUUUUUAAUCUUAAUUUUGAUUCAUUGGUUUUGGGUUCCUCCAUGAACUAAUGGCAAAAGGAAUGUAUCGUUCUGUGUACUCCAGAUUCUAUUCUGUCAGAAUAUAGAUGUGUUUCAUAAACAAGAUGUGGUUCUGCUUCUUUUGCUGUUUUUAUUUGAAUACGUAAACGCACACGUGAAUGUUGGAAAUAUAUGAAAUAA